UGUCAGUCCUGACACGGUGCGAGCGACUAGCCUCGUCUCUUUGUUUUUCUCCGACAAAAAUGUGUUAAUUUCUCUGGAAUAAAUGGUGAUACUGAUUUGCCCACCGAAACCUUAUUGAGGACAGCAUCUAUCACGGUCUUCACUGCUACAGAGCAGGCCUGCGCAGGAAUGGAGCCCCUGGCGGUCGAUGAUGACAUUUGCAUCCUUAAACAUGAGACAGCCUACACGGCUGCUGGCGAGAGUCCUGUUUCUGUGUGUGCUGGUGAUGAAUCUGUUGCUUCCCACUUUGCCCUGGUCACGGCCUAUGAGGACAUCAAGAAGAGGCUGAGAGAUACCGAGCGGGAAAAUACGUUGCUGAGGAAGAGGGUUAAGCAGCUGGAGGAUAAGCUCUUCAGGCCAGAUGCUCCUCCAUCAGAGGGUCCUCAGUAUGUGAAUAAGGCCUUCAGUGCUUACCGAGGUAUUUAUAUAGAGAAGGAGGACCUGCAGAUGGAGCUAAACAAACUGAAAAAGGAGAAGAGCGAGAGUGAGAGGCUGCUGACGGAGCAGCUCCAGGCUAAAGAGUUGGAGCUGCUUCAGCUAAGGACGGAGAUGGAGACCAGCCAAGGUACAGUGAUGAGGAGCAUGAACAACUCGCUGGACUACUGGCAGGUAGACAGGGUCAGCACGGAGCAAAAGAUCCACAAACUGCAGGAUGAGCUGGAGAGGAUGACACUGGAGAACAGCCGUCUGCAGGAGAGAAGUGGGGAGGAACCCCACGGCCUUAAUGGACCAGACUUGGACCACACCUGUGACGCAAAGUAUACAGCAAGGGAGAGAUGCAUGCAGCAGACGUACUCAGCUUUGUGCAGCGAGGUCACACGUCUUCAUUCAGAGCUGAAGCACCAAACAGGCCUGAUCCGGAAGCUCAGGCCGCUCAUCAGUGAGUCCAGACAAGUUCCAAUCCAGUGUCGGGACGAUGUAGAAAAAAACAACAACCACGCAAUCCCCCGGGUGUCAGUGCCUCGCCCCCCUAGUGCCCCCCCACUCCCCUCGUCCUGCGGUCGCCCCUGCCCCCCUGUCUGCGGGCCGUCAGGAACCCUACUGCCCGACAGUUUGAGGGAGGACUGCUGGUAUAAUGGACCCUGGCCCUCCCAGAGCUGCUCAGGAGAGGCUCUUCUUGGCAGUGACACCUGCUCUGUGGUCCUGCCUCCACCCCCUCUGAACCAGGCCUCCCUGGAUGACAGCUCACGGUCCUUCCCUAGCCCCCCUAAACCAAGUGAUGCCAUGUUCUGGGAGGGACACUCUGCUACAUCAAACGCCUCAUCCUCAAUUGGAAACUGCACUCCCAGGAGCCCUCCCAGUGCCGAGUGGACCAAGCCCUACUGAGAGGAACACUCACAAGGGCAUAGAUGAUUCACUAAGAGUGUAGUUGGAUGGAAAUAAACCAAUGGAUGAAUGAUAGGACUCUCCAACUCUGCCACAUAGCUACCACCUAACCUGCCUUAAGUUGAUAAGACCACUCCUCCUGUCUGGACUGGACUGGACUGCUUCUGCUAGCAGUGGGACCUGAUAGAUGCCAGAGGAGGCCUUUUUUUUUUCGAGGUACAGACUCUGUGAACUCAUUCAUCCGUCGACUCUGCACAUCCAUCAAAGAACAUAUCCCACUUUGCAGAGAAAAUGUUGAUGAGACCCUCAGCAGAGUAAAUAGUUCGUCUAUGUGUAUGUGUCUUUUUAUGCACAUGCAUAGAAGCAGUUUUAUUUGCGUGUGUGCAUUUACACACAUCAGAGUGUGCCUGUGUGUGCAGAUCAGUGUGCAGGCAUUGUUCACCUGCCUGUAUCUGUAUCGUCAUCAGAAACCUAACAUGGGGCCACAGCAUAAUGCUAUAAUUUGUAAAAGUGUACUCCCUCCAGUACAAAUCUUUUUACAUUUGAUCGCUGUAAAGAAUACAAACAAUGUAGUCUCAUGAUCAUGUGAAGGAGAUUUCUAGGUAAGAAGACUUGAUGUGAUUGUUUUGUGCUGUGGUGGAGACAGAAAUACAAUAACUGUAGGAUAUUCACGCAGUUCUUUGUUCCAAAUUUUAGCAGAUACCAAACCUAGUAUUCAACAUCCUGUUUGUCUUUUAUAAUUUAAGUCCAAGUGGAUCUGUAUUAAAGUGGGCUACCAUGUCUAUAUGCCUACUAAAUCAUCUCAGAAUGAAGUGACAGUAUUUUUAAGGACAUUGCUAAAAAGGUAGGAAAUAUCUAAAUCUAAACGUGUAUAGCUUUGUGGAAAAAGCACUCCACCCUCACUUUCACCAGAAAUGAUUCAACUCAGACAGGCCUUCUUAAACCUUCCUGUUUUCACAAAAUCAAGUCUCUGAGAAUCACUGAAAUAUCUUUUGUGUCGUUUUUGUUUGAUUUGAUGUAGAUGCUCCAGUAUUUGUAAGGGUGUGCAUUUUUGGAUGUUUCUUCUGUAGGGCUUUAAAUCUGAAAGAAUCACUCCCUUAUUUUGAAAUAAAUUGGAAGCCUGGUCAUUUCUGUGGAUAAUUUAAAUUGCACAUGUAUCUUAACUCUGUACUGUACUGCUGUUAAUCUAGGACACACUGUUUUUGCAGUAUGAUAAGAGUUGUUGUGUGAAGAGGGAAGGUUUUUUCUUUUUUAACAGUGAAAUGAAAAACCGAAGGAUGUACAAAAGGAAAAUUAUGAUCAAACGAUAGGAAAUCUGAAGAGAAGAAUGUCUGAUCUGUAUAAAUGUAUAUGGUGGGCUUCAGUACUUUGCCAAAUGCAGUUUUGCACUUCAAACCAUAGGAUGUUUUAUUUCUCCCCACUUCUUUAGACUUCUUAUGUGUAGAAAAGCUCACCGCAGUGGUGGCAAGACAGUAAGUCAUGAACCUGAGGAAAUGUGACUGGAAAAGAGGUGCACAAAGCACAAAGACCCAUGGUUGUUGAAAAGAUGUUGUACGUUCAUUCUCUUCAGUAUGUUUCAUGAUAACUGUGGUCUUUCUGUUGAUUUCUAAGAAAUGUUAUUUUACAGCAGUAGUUUCAUACUUCUGUAAACGAUUUGCAAACCAAAAUGCAAUGUACAGUAGAUAUGGAUUAUAUUUUAGAUUUACUGCACUUCAGACUGUUUGUAAAUACGGUCAAUUAAACUAAAGGCAAGAAAGUGA